AUGGCCUGUGCAGUGACACGGAGGCCCCGGGAGAGGCUGAAUCCUCCGGUUGUGGGAGGCAGGGGCGCCUCAGCAUCAGAGCUGCUGCUGGAGCGCCUGGAGCUCCUGGUUUCCCGGUACGUGCCAUCCCUCCGGAUGACGGCGGGCAAGCAGCAGGCGCGGUCCCCGGCCGGCGUGGCCAGUGGGGUGCAGGUGCUCAGGGCGCUGAAAUCUCUCCACGAGGAAGACCUGACUAAGGUGAUAGAUCUCCAGGAAGUCAUAGACAAGCAGUCGUGGGAGCAGAGCCAGAUGAAGGAGCGCCUGGCAGCCCUCUCUGCCCACGUGACAGAGCUGGAGGAGGACCUGGACACAGCCAGGAAGGACCUCCUCAAGUCCGAGGAACUGAACAGGACACUGCAGCGGGAUGUCUGCGAAGUGAGUGACAGCGGCCUUGUCUGCUGUCCUGAGGUGGAAUGUGGGCCCCUUGUUCUCCGGUGA